AUGAAUGCCAACAUCGAUUUUAUAAGAGACAUCAAUGAAAGAUAUUGCAGUUUGGAAUAUGAAUUGGAUAAAAAUCUCAAGAAAAUUGAAGCUGAUGAAUCGAUAUUAGAAGCAAACAAAACUUCAGAUGGCAGAAGCAUAACAAAUGAAUUCGAUUCGUAUCCUUCAUCAUUGGAAGAAGCAAGAAAGCGAAAUCGGAAAAUUCUUGACGAUCUUGAGCAAGCUCGAGCCUUUUUAAGAUCGCGUGUCAUUUAUUCUCCCCUUGAAGCGAUUUUAGAGAAAGCACAGAAAAAUUAUUUUCUUCCACAAAACACAACAAGAAAGAAGAAAUAUGGACCAGUUUUUGUGUGA